GUUAGUGAAAUCCCUCAAGUGCGUCUUCGACUCCGCAGGUAUGUACUCUAUUAUCACUUCCUCUUAUACAUCAAGUCCAAACAGAGGCUUUCACACCAUCCCUACCCACAGGACUAGCAGACAGCUGCUCCCAUUUAACCAAUGACGACACUCAGGUCCCGGAACCCAGGCGCAUGAGAAUACCGUGUUGCUAAGAUUCUGAUGAUAUAUCCUAGCGCAGUGGGAGAGAGAGAAUGUGGAUGAUGCUCUGAUGUGUGUUAUGCAGACAGGCACUAACGCGUAUGUCUACAAUGUUGGCCUAUUUUUCAUUGGACUCUGGCCAGCCACCACCAAUGAGGGUAUUUAUAACAAACCAAAUACGAUUGGUGAGCUGAGGGGGGAGGGGAUGAAAGUAGAACGAUCUGAUGUCAGUGGCAAAUGUAUUAAAUUCUAUUAUACAUAAUAACAGACUCAAAUCAAAUCAAAUUUUAUUAGUCACAUGCUUCGUAGACAACAGGUGUAGACAAACAGUGAAAUGCUUACAGGUCCUUUUCCAACAAUGCAGAGAUAAAGAUAACAUACAAAAAUAAAACAUUAAUAUACAGUGAGGGGAAAAAAGUAUUUGAUCCCCUGCUGAUUUUGUACGUUUGCCCACUGACAAAGAAAUGAUCAGUCUAGAAUUUUAAUGGUAGGUUUAUUUGAACCGUGAGAGACAAAAAAAUCCAGAAAAACACAUGUCAAAAAUGUUAUAAAUUGAUUUGCAUUUUAAUGAGAGAAAUAAGUAUUUGACCCCUUCUCAAUCAGAAAGAUUUCUGGCUCCCAGGUGUCUUUUAUACAGGUAAUGAGCUGAGAUUAGGAGCACACUCUUAAAGGGAGUGCUCCUAAUGUCAGCUUGUUACCUGUAUAAAAGACACCUGUCCACAGAAGCAAUUAAUCAAUCAGAUUCCAAACUCUCCACCAUGGCCAAGGCCAAAGAGCUCUCCAAGGAUGUUAGGGACAAGAUUGUAGACCUACACAAGGCUGGAAUGGGCUACAAGACCAUCGCCAAGCAGCUUGGGGAGAAGGUGACAACAGUUGGUGCGAUUAUUCGCAAAUGGAAGAAACACAAAAUAACUGUCAAUCUCCCUCGGCCUGGGGCUCCAUGCAAGAUCUCACCUCGUUGAGUUGCAAUGAUCAUGAGAACGGUGAGGAAUCAGCCCAGAACUACACGGGAGGAUCUUGUCAAUGAUCUCAAGGCAGCUGGGACCAUAGUCACCAAGAAAACAAUUGGUAACACACUACGCCAUGAAGGACUGAAAUCCUGCAGCGCCCGCAAGGUCCCCCUGCUCAAGAAAGCACAUAUACAUGCCCGUCUGAAGUUUGCCAAUGAACAUCUGAAUGAUUCAGAGGAGAACUGGGUGAAAGUGUUGUGGUCAGAUGAGACCAAAAUCGAGCUCUUCGGCAUCAACUCAACUCGCCGUGUUUGGAGGAGGAGGAAUGCUGCCUAUGACCCCAAGAACACCAUCCCCACCGUCAAACAUGGAGGUGGAAACAUUAUGCUUUGGGGGUGUUUUUCUGCUAAGGGGACAGGACAACUUCACUGCAUCAAAGGGAACGAUGGCCGGGGCCAUGUACCGUCAAAUCUUGGGUGAGAGCCUCCUUCCCUCAGCCAGGGCAUUGAAAAUGGGUCGUGGAUGGGUAUUCCAGCAUGACAAUGACCCAAAAUACACGGCCAAGGCAACAAAGGAGUGGCUCAAGAAGAAGCACAUUAAGGUCCUGGAGUGGCCUAGCCAGCCUCCAGACCUUAAUCCCAUAGAAAAUCUGUGGAGGGAGCUGAAGGUUCGAGUUGCCAAACGUCAGCCUCGAAACCUUAAUGACUUGGAGAAGAUCUGCAAAGAGGAGUGGGACAAAAUCCCUCCUGAGAUGUGUGCAAACCUGGUGGCCAACUACAAGAAACGUCUGACCUCUGUGAUUGCCAACAAGGGUUUUGCCACCAAGUACUAAGUCAUGUUUUGCAGAGGGGUCAAAUACUUAUUUCCCUCAUUAAAAUGCAAAUCAAUUUAUAACAUUUUUGACAUGCGUUUUUCUGGAUUUUUUUGUUGUUAUUCUGUCUAUCACUGUUCAAAUAAACCUACCAUUAAAAUUAUAGACUGAUAAUUUCUUUGUCAGUGGGCAAGCGUACAAAAUCAGCAGGGGAUCAAAUACUUUUUUCCCCUCACUGUAAAUAGUGACAAUGAAUAAAUACACAGUUAAUAAUGAAUCCAAAUAAUUAGGUAAUUGAGGUAUCUAUGUACUGUACAUAUGCACUGAGUGCACAAAAUAUUAAGAACACCUGCUCUUUCCAUGACAUAGACUGACCAGGUGAAUACAGGUGAAAGCUAUGAUCCCUUAAUGAUAUCACUUGUUAAAUCCACUUCAAUCACUCUAGGUGAACGGGAGGAGAGUGGUUAAAGAAGGAUUUUUAAGCCUUGAGACAUUGAUUGUGUAUUUGUGCCAUUCAGAGGGUGAAUGUGCAAGACAAAAUAUUUAAGUGCCUUUGAACGGGGUAUGGUAGUAGGUGUCAGGAGCAUCAGUUUGUGUCAAGAUCUGCAACCCUGCUUGGUUUUUCACGCUCAACCGUUUCCCAUGUGCAUCAAGAAUGGUCCACCAACCAAAGGACAUCCAGCCAACUUGACACAACUGUGGGAAGCAUUGAAGUCAACAUAUAAUAAUAAUAUAAUAAUAAUAUGCCAUUUAGCAGACGCUUUUAUCCAAAGCGACUUACAGUCAUGCGUGCAUACAUUUUUUUGUGUAUGGGUGGUCCCGGGGAUCGAACCCACUACCUUGGCGUUACAAGCGCCGUGCUCUACCAGCUGAGCUACAUGGGCCAGCAUCCAUAUCGAACACUUUCAACACCUUGUAGAAUCCAUGCCCCAAUGAAUUGAGGCUGUUCUGAGGGCAAAAAGGAGGGUGAAACUCAAUAUUAGGAAGGUGUUCUUAAUGUUUUAUGCACUCAGUGUAGGUAGGGGUAAAGUGACUAGGCAACAGGAUAGAUAAUAUACAGUAUCAGCAGCGUACUGUAUGUGAUGAGUGUGAAAGUGUGUGUGGCAUCAGUAUGCAUGUGUGUGCAUGUUAUGUGUGUUGGCGUAUUUAGUGUGUGUGUGUAUAUGUGUGUAAGGUUGGUGUGAGGUGUGACCCAGAUGCGGUGCAGGUUAGACAGUAGGCAGAGAUGGUGAAACAAGGAACUUUACUGAUGGUCCCGAAGCCAGGAUACAAAAUAACAGACUUUACACAAAAAAAGGGCAGAGCAAAUAAGACUCCAAAAAACAGGCAGACAGCCCAAAAUAUGAAAUACUAACUAUGACUGAAAUAAUAAAUAAACAGGGAGAACACUUCCCACGUACCUGUUCAUACGUCCCGCGAUCAGACACUGAUUAGUGCUGCUUGGCAUAGUGAAACUAGCAGAGAAAACUGAGCAAGGGAACACAGGGAAGUGAGGGCAUAAAUACACAGCUGGCAGUCCAGGAUCCGGUCCACAGUUAAAGCCGGCUGCCCUCCGACGAGGUGUAGCGGGGGAACAGGACGAGGAGGGGGAGCCAGGGGACAGGUGGCGACGGGCUUGAGGAGGGACACGUGGAAUGUGGGAUGCACCCGCAUGGUGGGGGGAAGUUGCAGGCGGCAGGCCACUGGGUUGACUCGCCGGACCACUCUGAAUGGCCCGAUGAACUGGGGGGACAGCUUCCUGGACUCCACGUGGAGGGGAAGACUGGAGAUGGAAGCCGGAAGACAAGUUUACGGAGGCGCAGAGGCAGGUGGUGAACGCCUUCCAGAACCUGGAGGUGAACUGAGGGCCCCGAUCCGACACCGCAUCUUGGGGAAGGCCAUGGACCCAGAAAACAUGCUGCACCACCAACUUAGCCGUCUCCCGGGCCGACGGGAGUUUGGGAAGGGGAAUGAUGUGUGCAGCCUUUGAGAACCAGUCCACAACAACCAGGAUGACUGUGUAUCCAUCAGAGGGCAGUAGGGCGGAAAUGAAAUCCAGCGAGAUGUGGGACCAGGGGCGCUUGGGGAUAGGCAGGGGUCGGAGCAGCCCUGCCACAGGUUGACGUGAGCUCUUCGUGCACGCGCAAAUGGGCAAGCAGCCACGAAGGCGCGCGUAUCCCCCUAAGCAGAUGGCCACCAGAACCUCCUACGCAGGAACUCCAACAUCCUGGCACCUCCCGGAUGGCUGGUGAGGUCAGACACGUGCGCCCACUGAAGCAGUCGUGAGCGCGCAGCCUUGGGAACGUACAUCCUCUCCGAUGAACCUCCACCCGGAUUGGGCUCCCGCCGUAGCGCUGCUCUGACCAGCCUAUCGAUUCCCCACGAAACUGGGGCAGCAAUCAGGGCGUUGGGGACAAUGGGGUUGUCCCUCUCCACCAGGUUCCCCAGGUCGAACUGCCGGGAGAGUGCGUCGUUCUUGGUGUUCUUCGACCCCGGACGGUAUGAGAUGGUGAACCGGAACCUGGUGAAGAACAACGCCCACCUGGCCUGGCGCAAGUUCAGCCUCUUGGCCCCCUGAAUGUAGGCUAAGUUCUUGUGGUUAGUCCAUACGACAAAUAGCCAAUGUCUCCACUCCCCCAGGGAAAGCUUGCCCACUAGCAGCUCACGGUUCCCCACGUCGUAAUUCCGCUCUGCCGGGGACAGCCGACGGGAGAAAAACGUGCAGGGUUGAGUCUUACCGUCCGUGAGGAAGCGCUGGGACAGGAUUGCUCCCACCGCAACGUCUGAAGCAUCCACCUCCACAAUGAAUGGCAGGGACGGAUCAGCACCGCUUCAGCGCAUCAAAUGCGUUCCCCGCUUCCGGGGUCCAGGCGAAGGAGCGUACGCUCGUCUGGGUGAGGGCUGUCAGGGGAGCGGCUAGGGAGCAAAAAUGUUGAAUGAAUCGCCUACAAAAAUUAGCGAACCCUAAAAACCCUUGUAGUUGCUUGAGGGAUGAGGGCUGGGGCCAAUCCAGUACCACGCUGACCUUUGCUGGGUCCAUUCGCUCAGUUUUCUGUAAGGGUUGUGUGAGGUGUGACCCAGGUGCGAUGCAGGUUAGACAGUAGACAGAGAUGGUGAAACAAGGAACUUUACUGAUGGUCCCGAAGCCAGGAUACAAAAUAACAGACUUUACACAAAAAAAGAAGGGCGGAGCAAAUAAGACUCCAAAAAACAGGCAGACAGCCCAAAAUAUGAAAUUCUAACUAUGACUGAAAUAAUAAAUAAACAGGGAGAACACUUCUCACGUACCUGUCCAUACGUCCCGUGAUCAGACACUGAUUAGUACUGCUUGGCAUAGUGAAACUAGCAGAGAAAACUGAGCAAGGGAACACAGGGAAGUGAGGGCAUAAAUACACAGGUGAAUCAUAGACACAAGUGACAUCAAUAGGAAGAUGAUUAGUCCCGACUGUGAGGAGGUGCCUCAGUUUUUUUUUUUUUUUUUUACCUUUAUUUAACCAGGUAAGCCAGUUGAGAACAAGUUCUCAUUUACAACUGCGACCUGGCCAAGAUAAAGCAAAGCAGUGCGAUAAAAACAACAACACAGAGUUACAUAUGGGGUAAAAAAACAUAAAGUCAAAAAAAUACAACAGAAAAUAUAUAUACAGUGUGUGCAAAUGUAGCAAGUUAUGGAGGUAUGGCAAUAAAUAGGCUAUAGUGCAAAAUUAUUACAAUUAGUAUUAACACUGGAAUGCUAGAUGUGCAAGAGAUUAUGUGCAAAUAGAGAUACUGGGGUGCAAAAGAGCAAAAUAAAUAACAAUAUAGGGAUGAGGUAGUUGGGUUGGCUAAUUUCAGAUGGGCUGUGUACAGGUGCAGUGAUCGUUAAGGUGGUCUGACAACUGAUGCUUAAAGUUAGUGAGGGAGAUAAGAGUCUCCAGCUUCAGAAAUGUUUGCAAUUCGUUCCAGUCAUUGGCAGCAGAGAACUGGAAGGAAUGGCGGCCAAAGGAGGUGUUGGCUUUGGGAAUGACCAGUGAGAUAUACCUGCUGGAGCGCAGACUACGGGUGGGUGCUGCUAUGGUGACCAAUGAGCUAAGAUAAGGCGGGGAAUUUGCCUAGCAGUGAUUUAUAGAUGGCCUGGAGCCAGUGGGUUUGACGACGAACAUGUAGUGAGGACAAGCCAACAAGAGCGUACAGGUCACAGUGGUGGGUAGUGUAUGGGGCUUUGGAGACAAAACGGAUGGCACUGUGAAAGACUACAUCCAAUUGUCGGAGGAUGUCGCCUAGGUUGUCGGAGGUAGGUCGCCUAGGUUGUCGGAGGAUGACACCUAGUGGGUCGCUUCGGAACUGCGUUGGGGUGUCAGUAAGUAUGAGUGUGUGGGUAGAGUCCAGUGUGGGUGCAUAGAGUCAGUGCAAGAGAGUUAGCGCAAAAAGGGUAAAUGAAGGGAGUCCGGGUAGCCAUUUGAUUAGCUAUUUAGCCGUCAUGCUUAAAAGUCUAAUGGCUUGGGGGUAGAAGUGUCCGGGUUAGUGUCCCGCUCCUUGACAGCGGCGGCUCUAGCCUUUAGCUCAUUGCGGAUGUUGCCUGUAAUGGCUUCUGAUUGGGAUAUGUACGUAGGGUCACUGUGGGGACUACAUAGUCGAUGUACUUAUUAAUGGAGCUGGUGACUGAUGUGGUAAACUCCACAAUGCCAUCGGAUGAAUCCCGGAACAUACACCCCUCAAAUUAUUGGAUUUGGCUAUUUCAGCCACACCCGUUUGCUGACAUGUGUAUACAAUUGACCACACAGCCUUGCAAUCUCCAAAGACAAACAUUGGCAGUAGAAUGGCCUUACUGAAGAGCUCAGUGACUUUCAACGUGGCACCGUCAUAGGAUGCCACCUUUCCAACAAGUCAGUUCAUCAAAUUUCUGCCCUGCUAGAGCUGCCCCGGUCAACUGUAAGUGCUGUUAUUGUGAGGUGGAAACAUCUAGGAGCAACAACGGCUCAGCCGCGAAGUGGUAGGCCACACAAGCUCACAGAACGCGUGAAAAUUGUCAGUCCUCGGUUGCAACACCCCCUUCCGAGUUCCAAACUGCCUCUGGAAGCAACAUCAGCACAAGAACUGUUCAUCGGGAGCUUCAUGAAAUGGGUCACCAUGCGCAAUGCCAAGCGUCGGCUGGAGUGGUGUAAAGCUCACCACCAUCGGACUCUGGAGCAGUGGAAACGCGUUCUCUGGAGUGAUGAAUCACGCUUCACCAUCUGGCAGUCCGACGGACGAAUCUGGGUUUGGCUGAUGCCAGGAGAACGCUACAGUGCAUGUCCCAAUGCAAAGUGUCAACUGUAAAGUUUGGUGGAGGAUGAAUAAUGGUCUGGGCUGUUUUUUAUGGUUUGGGCUAGGCCCCUUCGUUCCAGUGAAGAUAAAUCUUAAUGCUACAGCAAACAAUGACAUUCUAGACGAUUCUGUACUUCCAAAUUUGUGGCAACAGUUUGGGGAAGGCCCUUUCCUGUUUCAGCAUGACAUUGCCCCCGUGCACAAAGCGAGGUCCAUAUAGAACUGGUUUGUCGAGAUUGGUGUGGAAGAACUUGACUGGCCUGCACAGAGCCCUGACCUUAACCCCAUCGAACACCUUUGGGAUGAAUUGGAACGCCGACUGCGAGCCAGGCGUAAUCGCCCAACAUCAGUGCUCGACCUCACUAAUGCUCUUGUGGCUGAAUGGAAGCAAGUUGUAAGGGAUCGGGGGUUGGCUGGGUCUAGACAGAGUCUGACACUUCCCCGAUCUACUGAGAGGGGGAGUCAUCAGACUCGAUCUGGUUCACCUGAGUUCUGAGCACACCUGUCAGUAAUUAGGGUAGGAUUUAAGGUGUGCUCAGAGGCUCAGUCGGUGCGAGGUAUUGUUCCUUUGUGACUUGCUAAGCGUUUUGUUCCGAGAGAGAGAGAGAGAGUUUGUUGUUUUUGAUUACCCGUGUAUCCGACCUGUGCCUUGUUGUUUGACUCCCCGAAUUGCUUAAUCCUCUGCUUGUCUACCCCAGUGAUUACCGUCCUCUGAUCCUGUGUCUGUGACCUCGACUACGACUAAGCCCGCUCCCUUGGUACCUCUGCCUGUCUCUGCCUGGCCCGGUUUUGACCACAGCCCGCCCGACCACGAUUAAGCUAUUCCCUUGUCUGUACUCUAAUAAAGCAUCGCUAUUCUGCGAUUGGAUCUUACCACUCUGUCCGAGUAUUCAUUACACAAGUCCCCGCAGCAAUGUUCCAACAUCUAGUGGAAAGCCUUCCCAGAAGAGUGGAGGCUCUUAUAGCAGCAAAAGGGGGACCAACUCCAUAUUAAUGCCCAUGAUUUUGGAAUGAGAUGGUCGAAGAGCAGGUGUCCACAUACUUUCGGUGAUGUAGUGUAUUCCAGUCUGUGCUAGCAAAACAGUCCUGUAGCUUAGCAUCCGCUUCAUCGGACCACUUCCGAAUUGAGAAUGUCACUGGUUUUUGCUUGUAUGCAAGCAUCAGGAAGAUAGCCUUAUGGUCAGAUUUGCCAAAUGGAGGGCGAAGGAGAGCUUUAUAUGUCUCUUUGUGUGGAGUAAAGGUGAUCUAGAGUUUUGUUCACUCUAGUUGCCAGUGGCGAUUUUAGGAUGUAAAUCUUUUUUUAGAUGCAUGCCAGCAAAGCAACUACAGAACACAACACAACACUAAACAAUACAUUAAUUGCACUAUAACGGUGACAAACAGUGCCCACAAACUGUUAGGGCCUACAUAAAGCUGUCCCAACAGCAGAGCUUUCCUUUCAGCACCAUGGAGUGAUCCUUAGCACCGCUACACCUGGCUAUCAGUGGAGCCUCGUCUGGCAGCGAAACAGUUCAUUCAGCCUCAUUUACUGCCUUUUUAAAAAACAUAGCUGAUAUGGCUGACUUGCUUAAACAAAUGUGUUUUCUACUGACCAUUGAGAUGUAAAUGAUAAACUAUGGCAUAAGGAAACGAUGACCGGAUAAGAGGCAAUCCGUAAUUUAGAUUAAGACAUUAAUGAGCUAGCUAAAACAGACAUAGUCAAUACACCUAUUUGUUCAGCACUUUUGAAAUGUACAGUGACAGAAUUCAGAACAUGGGCCGUUCUUACAGUAUUCUCCCUGUACACCAAGUCAGAACCAUAGGAUAAAUAAAAGGGGCAUAUAAGCAGACAAUGAAAGCUCUUACGAUAUUCGAUGAUGACAUUUCUCUAAAACAGUCUAUAGGCUACAUGCGCACCACCAAGUCAGAACAUUAGGCUAAGUUAUGAGGGGGAAGGGACCACAUUUUUUGGGUGAGGCACAUGGGCUACUAACAGCUUACUACACAACAUACACUUAUUACUGUCUUAGCUACAGUAUGCAUAUCUCCCCAGCAGCAGACAAUACAUUUUUGGACUCACCGUUGUGCUGUGCUCGCUUGAACAGGAAGUUGGCGCGGAGGUCCUUCUUGUGGGCAAAGUUUGUCAUCAAAGUCUGGAAUUCUCUGGAUUUAUGGUGCUUUCAAGACAACUGGGAACUUGGAAAAAAACAAGGUUGAAUCAUGACGUCAGUGAUCUUCAGGUCGGAGCUCUAAAAAGAGGCCAGAGUUCCCUACUUGGAAUUUCGAGUUGGAUGACCGUUCAAAACGUAUUUUCCCAGUCAGGGCUCUUUUUUUGGGGGGAGUUCCCAGUUGUCUUGAACUCACUGAAGCCUGAGAUUUCCCAGUUCCGAGUUUCCAGCGUUUUGAACGUGGCAGAAGUCAUGCUGAAUUGACAGCAUGGCCAAUGUAUUCAAUAUUUUCUGGCCCAUGGUGUUGCGUGUGAAUGUUUAUCCUUUUAAGCUUGGAAAAGAGACCCUUAAACCCAGACUUCGACCACACACCCUCUCCACCGAAUAGCAGGAAAAGCAAAAUAGUGAUUGCUUUGCAACGCUUGCAGUUAGCCACUGAUAGAACAGAGGGGAGAGGCCGUUUAUUUACUCGUCACCAUAUUUUCAUUAGGGUGCCUCCACGUCGGCGUCUAUAUCGCCGUAUUUUACUCUUCGAGGGUUGGGGAUUAGGGCCUAGUCAUUGAAGUAGAAUUCUUCAACCAUAUCAAGGUAAGUGAUCGCUAUUCUGAUGUCCAAGAAGAUAUUUACGGUCAUAGGAAACUAUGGUGGAGACUUGAUGUCGAAAAUAAGUUACGACCAGAGUAAAAAAAGCACGCAAAAUAGCAUAAUUGGUCAGGAGCCCGUAAAAAGGCUGCUAUACAUCCCAGCGCCAUUCUCUACAGGUCUAUUCCAGCUACGCUGCUACCAUAUCACAUCCACAUAACCAGUUAAUGACCCUGGAGAAACUGUAGUGAGCCCUAUAGUAAAGUGAAUAAGAAGGAUAUGACGUGGCAUGCUUAUUGAGCAGCCUACAGCCUGUGUUAGCUGUCACCCUAAAUGUCACUGGGUGGCGUUCCUGCUGUGUCCACGGUCUGUGCUGCCUGACGGCUCGCCAUCUGACCUUCAGCUAAACAACGCCUCUCUCUUUCCCCUCUCUCUAUCCCUGUGUAGAGAAGAGGCUCAAUCAGAAUCACACACACAACACCAUUAAACUGUACAUUUUAUUCACUCACUCAUAUCACUGGCACUUGUCCCAUCCAGCAAGCCACAGUGUUAUCCCCCAAAGCCUUUGUUUACCCAUACUCAAGGUUUUUUGUUCCAUUGUGUCAGCUUUGCGGAAAGUGCACUGUCAAUCUUGACCCAAAACAUCCACCCCUGCACACACACCCUGUCAUCUGUCACUAACCAGUCCUACAUGGGAACUUUCUGGUUAGAACACAUUUAGAGUGGAUUAAAGAUAACUCUUAGAUUGGUCAGUUUAUUACAGUAUGUCCACGAGCACCUGUCCUUGUUAACGGGAUGGACAGAUGGUAUUCCAGUUAGCGACAAUUAUCCAAGUGUUGAUAGAAAGUAGCCUCCGCCUGACACAGGAUGACAUUCCCUGACACUAUUCCCUGACAUCCACCCACUGACGAUCAUAGUGUUCCAUGACACGCCAUUCAGGAAAUCGUUGAGUUAACAUGAAAGGGAAACAGCCAUAAUCAUAUUAAAGUGUCAUGGUCUUAUCUGGUUUCCAUAAAGGCAUUCCAAUUCCGUGUGUGUGUGUGCUUACGUACGUGUGUGUGAGUGAGUGCUUACAUGCAUACUGUACGUGCAUGCGUGAGUUCCUAUUGCCUUUGGCGCACCACCCCAUAGUGUUUAUUCACCACGGCAAUCAAUUCAAAAUCAGCGCACUGAAAAUCACCUGUGGUGAUGUUGGGGGAGACAGUAUUAGAGCUGUGAGGGAUCAGUCUUAAAAUACAUUUCUGGAACAGUCAGGGAGGGGAGAGGAGGAGAGAGAGACGAUGGUGGGAGAUUUAUGCCCGGCGUUGCACUACACUGGGGUUUUUAGUCAGAUGCCGUUGUUUGCUGCUGUUGGCUUGAGCCGUGCUCUGGGGAAGGCUGAUAAGAGAAUCACAACACUGCUUCCACUACGUUGAUACUGAUGAUGUCAACACAUUACAGGGGACUGUGUGCAAUCUGUGCAUAUACUUUGGGUGGGCUUUUGUUGCAGAGAAAACUGUGUCCGGUAUAUUGUGUUUUGUUGUACUGUACAGUAGGAUAGAGCUAAGCUAUGCCACACGCAAUUGUUUUUGCAGCCAUUGCAAUAAAGUUGCAGUAAUUCCUUGUGGCCAGGUGACGUAGGCUAUAUCAGGUUUACUGAGCUCUAGGGAUGGAGCUCAGAUAGGAUCCAGGAAAGUAUGUAAUUAUAUAAUAUAUAUAAAUCCUUCUCUCACCAGUGUACUCACUGUACUUUUCAGAACUCCCCAUACAUGUAACACUAUUCCACCUGCUAGUAUACACUGUGUACAAAACAUUAAGGGGGUGAAUGGGCAAGACUAAGGUUUAAGUGUCUUUGAACGGGGUAUGGUAGUAGGUGCCAGGUGCAUCAGUUUGUGUCAAGAACUGCAACACGGCUGGGUUUUUCACGGUCAACAGUUUCCUGUGUGUAUCAAGAAUGGUCCACAACCCAAAGGAAAUCCAGCCAACUUGACACAACUGUGGGAAGCAUUGGAGUCAACAUGGGCCAGCAUCCCUGUGGAACGCUUUCGACACCUUGUAGAGGCCAUGACCCAAAGAAUUGAGACUGUUCUGAGGGCAAAAGGGGGGGUGCAACUCAAUAUUAGUAAGGUGUCCUUAAAGUUUUGAACAGUCAGUGUAUAUCUGACCCCAUCCAAUGCAUUACAUGAGCAGGGUAACUGACCCCACUCCUAUAGGUGGGUCAGCCAGUUGUUUCUGUCAUUAGAGGUCGGGGUCAAAGCGCGUGAAAUGACGCUGUAUUUCUGCCACAUCAUCCCAUAUGGCCUCACCACAAAUGACUCCACAGCUGCUCCAGAUUACAUUUGCAUACCUCCUGUGUCAGGGAACUACAGUUGAAGUCGGAGGUUUACAUACACCUUAGCCAAAUACAUUUAAACUCAGUUUUCAGGGGAGGGAAUGGCCGGCAGUUUGUGGAGCACGGCGUUUGCAAUGCCAGGGUUGUGGGUUCGAUUCCCACAGAUGGUAUUAAAAAAUUAUAGAAAGUGUGCACUCAAGUCGCUCUGGAAAAGAGUGUCUGCUAAAUGACUAAAAUAAAAAUAAGGUACACCUCCAAAUGAUGUCAAUUAGCCCAUCAGAAGCUUCUAAAGCCAUGACCUCAUUUUCUGGAAUAUUCUAAGAUGUUUAAAGGCACAGUCAACUUAGUGUAUGUCAACUUCUGACCCACUGGAAUUGUGAUACAGUGAAUUAUAAGUGAAAUAACCUGUCUGUAAACAAUUGUUGGAAAAAUUACUUGUGUCAUGCACAAAGUAAAUGUCCCAACCGACUUGUCAAAACUAAAGUUUGUUAACAAGAAAUGUGUGGAGUGGUUGAAAAACGAGUUUUAAUGAUUCCAACCUAAGUGAAUGUAAACUUCCGACUUCAACUGUAGCCAUAUAUUCUGGCCCAGGGAAUGUCAUCAAUGGGCAUUUGGUGUACAGAAAUCACAGAGAAAAACAGGCUCCCAUUUACAGUGGGGAGAACAAGUAUUUGAUACACUGCCGAUUUUGCAGGUUUUCCUACUUACAAAGCAUGUAGAGGUCUGUAAUAUUUAUCAUAGGUACACUUCAACUAUGAGAGACGGAAUCUCAAACAAAAAUCCAGAAAAUCACAUUGUAUGAUUUUUAAGUAAUUAAUUUGCAUUUAAUUGCAUGACAUAAGUAUUUGAUACAUCAGAAAAGCAGAACUUAAUAUUUGGUACAGAAACCUUUGUUUGCAAUUACAGAGAUCAUACGUUUCCUGUAAGUCUUGACCAGGUUUGCACACACUGCAGCAGGGAUUUUGGCCCACUCCUCCAUACAUUCUCCAGAUCCUUCAGGUUUCGGGGCUGUCACUGGGCAAUACGGACUUUCAGCUCCCUCCAAAGAUUUUCUAUUGGGUUCAUGUCUGGAGACUGGCUAGGCCACUCCAGGACCUUGAGAUGCUUCUUACAGAGCCACUCCUUAGUUGCCCUGGCUGUGUGUUUUGGGUCGUUGUCAUGCUGGAAGACCCAGCCACGACCCAUCUUCAAUGCUCUUACUGAGGGAAGGAGGUUGUUGGCCAAGAUCUCGCGAUACAUGGCCCCAUCCAUUCUCCCCUCAAUACGGUGCAGUCGUCCUGUCCCCUUUGCAGAAAAGCAUCCCCAAAGAAUGAUGUUUCCACCUCCAUGCUUCACGGUUGGGAUGGUGUUCUUGGGGUUGUACUCAUCCUUCUUCUUCCUCCAAACACGGCGAGUGGAGUUGGGGACCUUGCGUGCGCUGCAGGAUUUUAAUCCAUGACGGUGUAGUGUGUUACUAAUGGUUUUCUUUGAGACUGUGGUCCCAGCUCUCUUCAGAUCAUUGACCAGGUCCUGCCGUGUAGUUCUGGGCUGAUCCCUAACCUUCCUCAUGAUCAUUGAUGCCCCACGAGUUGAGAUCUUGCAUGGAGCCCCAGACCGAGGGUGAUUGACCGUCAUCUUGAACUUCUUCCAUUUUCUAAUAAUUGCGCCAACAGUUGUUGCCUUCUCACCAAGCUGCUUGCCUAUUGUCCUGUAGCCCAUCCCAGCCUUGUGCAGGUCUACAAUUUUAUCCCUGAUGUCCUUACAUAGCUCUCUGGUCUUGGCCAUUGUGGAGAGGUUGGCGUCUGUUUGAUUGAGUGUGUGGACAGGUUUCUUUUAUACAGGUAACGAGUUCAAACAGGUGCAGUUAAUACAGGUAAUGAGUGGAGAACAGGAGGGCUUCUUAAAGAAAAACUAACAGGUCUGUGAGAGCCAGAAUUCUUACUGGUUGGUAGGUGAUCAAAUACUUAUGUCAUGCAAUAAAAUGCAAAUUAAUUACAUAAAAAUCAUACAAUGUGAUUUUCUGGAUUUUUGUUUUAGAUUCCGUCUCUAACAGUUGAAGUGUACCUAUGAUAAAAAUUACAGACCUCUACAUGCUUUGUAAGUAAGAAAACCUGCAAAAUCGUCAGUGUAUCAAAUACUUGUUCUCCCCACUGUACCUCUGGUGAUGAAGUCCUCGUUAGGCCUGGCUGACUAAACUUUUCAAAGAUGAAAUUGUCUUGAAUCAAAACCUGGGAUCCUAAAAUGUUGUCUCUAGGGAAAUAAGUCACUCAGUGACACAUAUGAAGAAUAUCUCCAUGUGCACGCUCUCUCAUUCUCUUUUGCGCUCUCUGUUGCUCUCUCUCUCUCUCUCUCUCUGUGUGGCGCUCAUUCUCUCUCUCUCUCUUUUGCAAUCUCUCUCUUUCUCUCUGUUGCUCUCUCUCGCUCUGUUGCUCUCUCUCUCUGUGUUGCUAUCUCUCUAUGUGUGUUGCUCUCUCUCUCUGUGUUGCUCUCUCUGUUGCUUUCUCUCUCUCUCUGUUGCGCUCUCUCUGUUGUGACAUUUUCUCUCUCUGUUGCGCUCGCUCUCUCUCUGGUGCGCUCUCUCUCUCUGGUGCGCUCGCUCUCUCUCUGGCGCUCUCUCUCUCUCUCUGGUGCGCUCGCUCUCUCUCUGGUGCGCUCUCUCUCUCUCUGGUGCGCUCUCUCUCUCUGGUGCGCUCUCUCUCUCUCUGUUGCUCUCGCUCUCCCUCUGUCGCUCUCUCUCUGUCGCUCUCUCUAUGUCUCUCUCUCUCUCUCUCUCUCUCUCGCGCUGUCUGUCUGUCUCUCUCUCUCGCUCUCUGUCUGUCUCUACAUCACUAAGGAUCUAUCAUGGUCCACAGACACCAACACAGUCGUGAAGAGGGCACGACAACGCCCUCAACUGCUAGGCAUCCAACAGCAAGGGACUACAGAGGGUAGUGCGUACAGCCCAGUAAAUGACUGGGGCCGAGCUCCCUCCUAUCCAGGACCUCUAUACCAGGCAGUGUCAGAGGAAGUCCCUAAAAAUGGUCAAAGACUCCAGCCAACCAAGUCAUAGACUGUUUCCCUAGAAUAACUAAUUUUCAGAGAAUACACAACAAUCCUCUCUAUCCUCUCAGAGUGUAUCUGAGUUCUAUAUUGCAGUUGUAUCAAGUAUUUAUACCAUUGGCAGAAUUUGUAUACCAUUCAAAACCAAAAAUAAAUGGUUUUGUACACAGUCAUACGAUACUUGGUAUAGAAAAGUACAAUCUUAGGCGAGCACAUGGGGUGCUAUAUCUCAUCUGGUAGUUUAGCUCGUCUGGUAGGCUCGCGGCUGGGUUUCUCUUUGUAAUCCGUGAUAGUUUGCAAGCCCUGACACAUCCAACGAGGGUCAGAGCCGGUAUAAUAGGAUUCAAUUUUAGUCCUGUAUUGAUGCUUUGCCUGUUUGAUGAUUCGUCAGAGGGCGUAUCUGUAUUUUUUAAUAAUCGUCCGGAUUAGUGUCCCGCUCCUUGAAGGCACUCCACGUUACAGUAUGGAUGUUGCCUGUAAUCCAUGGCUUCUGGUUGGGAUAUGUUCGUACGGUCACUGUGGGGACGACGUCGUUGAUGCACUUAUUAAUGAAGCCGGUGACUGUUGUGGUAAACUCCUCAAAUCCAUCAGGUGAAUCUUGGAACAUAUUCCAGUCUGUGCUAGUGAAACAGUCCUGUAGCUUAGCAUCCGCUUCAUCGGGCAACUGGCACUUCCUGUUUGAGUUUUUGCUUGUAAGCAGGAAUCAGGAGGAUAGAGUUAUGGUCAGUGUGUGGAGUAAAGGUGGUUUUUGUGCCUCUAGUUGCACACGUGACAUGCUGGUAGAAAUUAGGUAAAACUGAUUUCAGUUUUCCUACAUCACCGGCCACUAGGAGCACCACCUCUGGAUGAGCAUUUUCUUGUUUGCUUAAGGCCCUAUACAGCUUGUUGAGAGUGGUCUUAGUGCCAGCAUCAGUUUGUGGUAGUAAAUAGACAGCUACGAAAAAUAUGGAUGAAAACUCUAUUGGUAAAUAGUAUGGUCUACAGCAGGGUAGCCCAAACCUUGUUCCUGGAGAGCUACCCUCCUGAAGGUUUUCACUCCAACCCCAGGUGUUACUAACCUGAUUCAUCUUAUCAACCUGCUAAUUUUUAGAAUCAGGUGUGCUAGAUUAGGGUUGGAGCAAAAACCUACAGGACGGUAGCUCUCCAGGAACAGGGUUGGGCAGUCCUGGUCUACAGCUUAUCAUGUGGUAUUCUAACUCAAGCAGAACUUAGAGACUUAAUAUAAGCGAUUGCCACCUGCUUAGGACUCCCGAGUGGCGCAGUGGUAUAAGGCACUGCAUCGCAGUGCUCGCUGUGCCACUAGAGAUCCUGGUUCGAAUCCAGGCUCUGUCGUAGCCGGCCGCGACCGGGAGACCCAUGGGGCAGUGCACAAUUGGCCCAGUGUCAUCCAGGGUAGGGGAGGGAAUGGCUGGCAGGGAUGUAGCUCAGUUGGUAGAGCAUGGCGUUUGCAACGCCAGGGUUGUGGGUUCGAUUCCCACGGGGGGCAAGUAUGUAAAAUAAAAAUAAUGUAUGCACUCACUAACUGUAAGUCGCUCUGGAUAAGAGUGUCUGCUAAAUGACGUAAAUGUAAAUGCUGUUGUUAACAAAAGAGACACACAUCCCCUCCCUUGAGCUUAUACGACGCUGCUGUUCUUUCCUGCCAAUGCAUAGAAAAACCAGCUAGAUGUAUAUUAUCCAUGUCGUUGUUCAGCCACGACUCUGUGAAACAUAGGAUAUUACAGUUCUUCAGGUGGGUGCCGUUGAUAGGAUAGACUCGAACGGAGCUCGUCCGGUUUGUUCUCAGUGAUUGUAUGUUUGCCAAUAGAAUGAUGGGUAGAGGUAGUUUAUGUACCUGCCGACACAGUUUCAUCAGGGUUCCUGCACGUUGGCGCCUCUUUUUAUUUUCCGUGUCUCAGGGAUAAGGGCCUGGUCUGUGGUGAGCAGUAUGUUCUGCGCCUCCGACUCGUUGAAGUAGGAAUCUUCAUCCAAAUCGAGGUGAUGUCCAGAAGCCCUUUUGGGUCAUAGGAAACGAUGGCGGAAGCAUUAUGUUCAAAAAUUAAGAUCAGUGCAAAAAAACACAAAAUAGUAGAAUUGGUCAGGAGCCCGUAAAAGGCUGCUAUGCAGCGCCAUCCUUCAACUCUUCAAAACAGUUAAUAAAUGUUUGUCGGUAACCACGUUUUCAUCCACAGUUAUGCAAGUAAAGUCAAACCGUAUAUAAAAAAAAAUCACCACAGCUGUGAUGGAAACAGGUAGUUUCGGUAUAAUUUUAUAAAUGCAGACAGAUAAUUUGUUUGUUCUACAUGGUUGGAUCUUUUUGUGUCUGUAAAAUGUAUUAUGUGAGAAACGGUGGUGGAAAUGCCUUUAUGCAGAAAUAUUGAUACAAUAAUCAUCAUAUCAAAGUAAACUUGGAGUCAAGCGAUGAUAUGGCGUGUGGUUGUCACGGUUGUUGAGAGACGGGUCAGACCAAGGUGCAGCGUGGUAUGCGUACAUGUUUAUUAGAACAAAUAAACACUCGACAAAAACAACAAAAGCAACGUACCGUGAAGCUGACUAUGGCUACACACAAACAAGCCAAACCAGAGUCAAGAUCCCACAACAUAGGUAGGCAAAAUGGCUGCCUAAGUAUGAUACUGGACUGGGCACCGGUGGAGCGGACUGCUCUGGCACUGGAGUGGAGCCGCUGACCGGAGCUGAACUGGACCCCGGUGGAGCGGACUGCUCUGGCUCUGGACUGGGCACCACUGGUUUGGUGCGGGGAGCAGGUACGGGCCGUGACGGACUGGAGACACGCACCACUGGUUUGGUGCGAGGAGCAGGCACGGGCCGUGCUGGACUGGAUACACGCACCACUGGUUUGGUGCGGGGAUUAGGUACGGGGCGUACUGGGCUGGCGACACGCACCACUGGUUUGGUGCGAGGAGCAGGUACGGGCCGUACCGGACUGGAUACACGCACCCCUAUUUUGGUGCGGGGAGCAGGUACGGGGCGUACCGGGCUGGAGACACGCACCACUGGUUUGGUGCGGGGAGCAGGUACGGGGCGUACCGGGCUGGCGACACGCACCACUGGUUUGGUGCGGGGAGCAGGUACGGGCAGUACCGGACUGGAUACACGCACCACUGGUUUGGUGCGGGGACAGGUAUGGGCCGUACCGGACUGGAUACACGUACCACUGGUUUGGUGCGGGGAGCAGGUAUGGGGCAUACCGGGCUGGCGACACGCACCACUGGUUUGGUGCGGGGAGCAGGUACGGGGCGUACCGGACUGGAUACACGCACCACUGGUUUGGUGCGGGGACCAGGUACGGGGCGUACCGGACUGGAUACACGCACCACUGGUUUGGUGCAAGGAGCAGGUAUGGGGCGUACCGGGCUGGUGACACGCACCACUGGUUUGGUGCGGGGAGCAGGUACGGGACUGUGGAGGCGUACUGGAGGUCUGGAGUGUAAAGCUGGCACAACCCGUCCUGGCUGGAUGCCCACUUUCGCACGGCACGUGCGGGGCGCUGGCACAGGACGCACUGGGCUGUGAACACUCACUGGCGACACAGUGCGUAGGACUGGCGCAGGAUAUACUGGACCGUGGAGGCGCACUGGAGACCAGGAGCAUUGAGCCGGCACAACUCAUCCUGGCUGGAUGCCCACUUUCGCACGGCACGUGCGGGGCGCUGGCACAGGACGCACUGGGCUGUGAAGGCGCACUGGUGACACAGUGCGUAUCUCCGCAUACCUUGGUUCCUCAAUGAACACACGCUCCCUCUGUUGCCUGGCCAGCUCCUCUCUUCGUGCAUCCACUAAAUCCUUCUCCCUACGGGCCUCCUGCAGCGCCUCCUCUUGAAGGGAGCUCUCCUGCUCUAUCCUCGCAAUCAGCCCCCGUAAUGUGGUGGCCUCCUCUCUCAAACUGCUGAUCCGCAGGUCUUGGAGGACCUCUAAAAUAGCGGCCUCCUCCUCUACAGUCAGCCCUUUCACGGCCUCCUGCUGCUUCAUCAACCACCCCGUGUGCCCCGACAACAUUUUCUUGGGGUUGCCUCUCGGGUCUCCUUCGUCGUCUCGCAUUUUGGAGUCGCCGUAUUUUCUCCCUCGCUGCCUCUGUUUGCUCCCAAGGAAGGCGAUCCAUACCAUCCUGGAUCUCUUCCCAUGUCCAUGAUCGUUUUCCUUCAAGUAUCUCCUCCCAUGUCCAGGUUUCUUGCUUUUCCUGGACACGCUGCUUGGUCCGUUGGUGGAGGGAUCUUCUGUCACGUUCGUUGAGAGACGGGUCAGACCAAGGUGCAGCAUGGUAUGCGUACAUGUUUAUUAGAACAAAUAAACACUCUACAAAAACAACAAAAGCAACGUACCGUGAAGCUCACUAUGGCUACACACAAACAAGCCAAACCAGAGUCAAGAUCCCACAACAUAGGUAGGCAAAAUGGCUGCCUAAGUAUGAUCCCCAAUCAGAGACAACGAUCGACAGCUGCCUCUGAUUGGGAACCACACAUAGAUCAUACACAUAGAUAUACACAUAGAAAUUCACACCCUGACCAAACCAACGAGAAACAACAGGCAUUUAAAGGUCAGGGUGUGACAGUGGUCCUCCCAAUAUGACUUGGGAAACCAUGUGAAUGUGCAAGGUGAUGCGGUAAUGCACAAAACAUUUAUUUGGAUCUACUUAAUUCAAUUUUGGACAGUAGUUACACCUAAUGGAAAAAGGUUAUUUUUACUUAAAAUGAUUAUUACAGAUUUACUUAAUUUACUUGUGUUAUUGAAACUAUUGAAUUGAGAAAUCAAAAUUAGAAAUUAUUGUCAGAUUGACAAAAUGUAUUUAAGAAUUCAUGUUUCUAACACAACAGGGUCAAAUACCUCCAAAAUGAACCAAUUCAUCCUUUCCAAUAAAUAUUGAGGGUCUUAUUCUGGUGACAUUAUGAUUCUUGGCUGCUGUUUGACAAAUACAAAUAAUUUUGCUCUUUUGUCCAUAAUAAUCUCAUCAUGUAGUAGGCUACCCGCACUGUAUCUGCAAGCUGUUGGCUAGAGUGCACAUGCCAAGACCAGAGUGGGCACAAUUGCUAUAUAACACAAUUUUUUGUGUGACAAAACCAUCAGUAGAGUUGAAAAUGCGAUGGAAACCCAUUUAACUUGUUGUUGUAUUUUGUUGGUACAUGGGAAUUUAACCACUAAAGUUAUUUUUAUGUGCACUACGUCAUCACGCACAGCCUUUUAUCUGCAACAAGUCCAUUUGCUGGAAACAUCUUGAGGGAAACUUGCCAUAUUGUUUUUAUGCGGAUUUUAGAAUAUUUGCAUGAAAAAUCGGUCGCCAAUUGGAUGGAAACCUAGCUACUGAAGCAUUUCUGAAGUGUUGAUUAGAUGUUGAGCUCAAACAUGCUGCAAACCAUUCUGCCUCGGGCUGACCCCUUUGUAAAAUAAUACUGUCCUCUUUGCUCUUCUCUGGUGUGCUAUCCAUCCCAGCCCUUCCACACAAUGCAUGAAUAAUGUAAAGUUGGCUACAUAACAGUGAAGAACUACACUGAGUAUACCAAACAUUGCACUGGGCCUUUUUGAAGCUGCUUAAGCACCUACCACUCACAUUGUUUCACUAACAGUGAUACUAAUGCUGGCUGUGGUGUAAGUAAAUAAACAAAACUAAGCUAUAUUUUUGGUCAAUGUCUCUCAGGAUCAGUUUUUGAAGUGAUUUGAAUAACUUUUUGUUAAGAAAGUUAAGUAUAUUUAAUAUGUUGAUGUACUGCCCCUUUAAAUGGCAGUCAUUUUUACCACAUCAAUAUGAAAUAAUACAUAUUUUCUUCAACAUUCUGAAAACUAAACGAUACUAUAUUCAAAUGAUGGUAAGUGAGCUUUUUAGUACUAAUGUGGAUUGUACUUUGAAAAAAAGCUGGACAAUAAAUGUAAAAUUUAUAUUUUCGUUUGACAGAAUAUGCAAACUAACUGCACUUUGGCAAAAAUAACAGUCUGUUUUGGUCAUUAUUUAUUUCAGAUAACAUAACUAAUGAUGUUUUGAUAAGAAAUGAGUUGAUAUUUUGCUGUGAUUGUUGCUUUUUCCAAUAGUUUCUUCUGGGGUUAAAAAUGACCUCAGUUGUUAAUUGAUGUAUAUAAAAUAUGUUGGUAACUUGAGGGUAAUAGUAAGCUAUAAUUGUUUCAAUAGUGAACACUAUUAUAACAAUAGGCCAUUUCUAAAAUACAUCUUGAUUUACAAUACAAUUCACCCUCCGCUAUUAAGAAUAGAUGUGGUUUUCUCUUUCAGGCCAUUCUAAUAGCUGUCUUAAUGGAGGAUCUCAGCAUUAAUGAAGACUGUAACCCAUCGCAUACAGAGAGCCUUUGUGCUGGCGGAACUUCCUCUGAAAACACUCCAACAGAGUCUAUUCAAGUCAAAUGGAUCGUGAUCACUGUUGUGUGCCAGUAAAAGCAAGUGUUCCCUUUUUUUUUUGUCUUAAAAUAACAAGCAGCUUGUUUAAAUGUCAUAGUGUUGGGUUUGGCAGAGAAGGGGGUAGGGGCUGGAGAGAGGGGGUGUGGGUGUGAAACAUUACCCUUUCAGACUCAAGAAUGACUGUGGCUAAUUAACAGAGCUAUACUUUCUCAAAUAUCACAUUAAUGUCAAUGACCAUUUCCAGCGGGCUGGGGAGGAGGGAGGGGGCUGAGCUUUGAAGGCUGAAGUCCCUAGUUUGAGAUCAGAAGAGAUGUAUCCCUGUGGAUAUUACAAGACACUAGUUGUAAGGUUAUGUAGUGUGUCCUUGCAAUAGAAGAUUGCUUAUUCAUAAGCAUAUACUGGCCUAUACCUUACAGUACGUUCCAAACCUGUGUCGUCUGAUUCCACCACAGCCCUGGUGACACAGUCAUGUAUGGUAGCAAGUGAGCAGUAUCACACUGUUACACCCUUGAAUAGCUUUGGGGUGACAGAACACACUAUGGCCUCACAGAAAAGCACCUUGUAGUUUUAGGGAGGGAAAAAACUACUUUGUGGAAGAUCGAUUACUUUUCACUCCUAAGACCUGAGAAACAAAAUAAUCAAAAAGUUCCUUCAAGGUGGUUCUCACACUAUUUGCUAUUCUCACUGAGUGAUGUAGACUUCUAUUUUUUGACACUCCUCUCUUUACUUUGUCUCCCAAAAUAUUCACUUUCAAACAUGAGUGAACAUAAUUAUAGCAUCUCCCUCCACACCCGCUUGUCUCUAAUCUUCAUUUCAUCCAGCUCUGUGAGAGGACUGCAUUCUUCCGAUGACUGACCUCGCAGUGUGUUCCUGCAUCUCUCUCGAUUAAUUUGCCUCUACCUGAAGAGUGGGAGUGUGUCCGACUGUCGUCUCACUCCAAACCCCCAAACACAGCUCCCGUGAUAAAUGCACUGUAGUAGCUACUUCCAGAGGGAAGUUCUGGUGGUCAGGUCUGUACAACGCUGGUCAGACCAAUUAGAAUACAUGCUCCAAGAUUGUUUUGAUCACGUGGUUCCCGAGUGGCACAGUGGUCUGUGCCACUAGAGAUCCUGGUUCGAAUCCAGGCUCUGUCGUAGCUGGCCGCGACCGGGAGACUCAUGGGGUGGCGCACAAUUCAUCCAGGGUAGGGGAGGGAAUGGCCGGCAGGGAUGUAGCUCAGUUGGUAGAGCAUGGCGUUUGCAACGCCAGGGUUGUGGGUUCGAUUCCCACGGGGGGCCAGUAUGAAAAAAUUAUAAUAUAUAUAUAUAUACAGUGGGGAAAAAAAGUAUUUAGUCAGCCACCAAUUGUGCAAGUUCUCCCACUUAAAAAGAUGAGAGAGGCCUGUAAUUUUCAUCAUAGGUACACGUCAACUAUGACAGACAAAAUGAGAAAAAAAAAUCCAGAAAAUCACAUUGUAGGAUUUUUUAUGAAUUUAUUUGCAAAUUAUGGUGGAAAAUAAAUAUUUGGUCAAUAACAAAAGUUUCUCAAUACUUUGUUAUAUACCCUUUGUUGGCAAUGACACAGGUCAAACGUUUUCUGUAAGUCUUCACAAGGUUUUCACACACUGUUGCUGGUAUUUUGGCCCAUUCCUCCAUGCAGAUCUCCUCUAGAGCAGUGAUGUUUUGGGGCUGUCGCUGGGCAACACAGACUUUCAACUCCCUCCAAAGACUUUCUAUGGGGUUGAGAUCUGGAGACUGGCUAGGCCACUCCAGGACCUUGAAAUGCUUCUUACGAAGCCACUCCUUCGUUGCCCGGGCGGUGUGUUUGGGAUCAUUGUCAUGCUGAAAGACCUAGCCACGUUUCAUCUUCAAUGCCCUUGCUGAUGGAAGGAGGUUUUCACUCAAAAUCUCACGAUACAUGGCCCCAUUCAUUCUUUCCUUUACACGAAUCAGUCGUCCUGGUCCCUUUGCAGAAAAACAGCCCCAAAGCAUGAUGUUUCCACCCCCAUGCUUCACAGUAGGUAUGGUGUUCUUUGGAUGCAACUCAGCAUUCUUUGUCCUCCAAACACGACAAGUUGAGUUUUUACCAAAAAGUUAUAUUUUGGUUUCAUCUUGUUUCCACCCCCAUGCUUCACAUUAGGUAUGGUGUUCUUUGGAUGCAACUCAGCAUUCUUUGUCCUCCAAACACGACGAGUUGAGUUUUUACCAAAAAGUUAUAUUUUGGUUUCAUCUGACCAUAUGACAUUCUCCCAAUCCUCUUCUGGAUCAUCCAAAUGCACUCUGGCAAACUUCAGACGGGCCUGGACAUGUACUGGCUUAAGCAGGGGGACACGUCUUGCACUGCAGGAUUUGAGUCCCUGGCGGCGUAGUGUGUUACUGAUGGUAGGCUUUGUUACUUUGGUCCCAGCUCUCUGCAGGUCAUUCAUUAGGUCCCCCCGUGUGGUUCUGGGAUUUUUCCUCACCGUUCUUGUGAUCAUUUUGACCCCACGGGGUGAGAUCUUGCGUGGAGCCCCAGAUCGAGGGAGAUUAUCAGUGGUCUUGUAUGUCUUCCAUUUCCUAAUAAUUGCUCCCACAGUUGAUUUCUUCAAACCAAGCUGCUUACCUAUUGCAGAUUCAGUCUUCCCAGCCUGGUGCAGGUCUACAAUUUUGUUUCUGGUGUCCUUUGACAGCUCUUUGGUCUUGGCCAUAGUGGAGUUUGGAGUGUGACUGUUUGAGGUUGUGGACAGGUGUCUUUUAUACUGAUAACAAGUUCAAACAGGUGCCAUUAAUACAGGUAACGAGUGGAGGUCAGAGAAGCCUCUUAAAGAAGAAGUUACAGGUCUGUGAGAGCCAGAAAUCUUGCUUGUUUGUAGGUGACCAAAUACUUAUUUUCCACCAUAAUUUGCAAAUAAAUUCAUUAAAAAUCAUACAAUGUGAUUUUCUGGAUUUUUUUUCCUCAAUUUGUCUGUCAUAGUUGAUGUGUACCUAUGAUGAAAAUUACAGGCCUCUCUCAUCUUUUUAAGUGGGAGAACUUGCACAAUUGGUGGCUGACUAAAUACUUUUUUUCCCCACUGUAGUAUAUAUGACUAAAAUGUAAAUAUGUUCUGGGGCGCCUCUGGGGAUAACAUCAAUGAAUACGCCAACUCACAGUCACCGGAUUACAAAAAUGCAUAGACGAUGUGAUACCUAUGGUGUCUUUUAAAACAUGCCCAAAUCAAAAACCGCAGAUUGAUGGCAGCCUUGUCAGGAAACUGAAGGAGAGAGAUGCUGCUUAUAAACACGGCAAGGAGACUGGGGACAGUUGUAUGGUAAACAGUGUUUUGCCAACUCCUAUCGUGGCAAUGACCAUAGGAGUUUGCAAGAGAGCAGAAACAGAUCUGGUACCAAGCUAGAAAAUAUCUUUACAGAUCUGAGACUAGGCUAGCAAAUAACUUCAGUAUAGACUGUUUUAUGUAGCCUUGAUCUGUCUGUCUCUCAUCUCUAUAUAGACAGCAUCUGGCUGCUGAUCAUUGUAAAUGACCUGGUUAAAUAAAGGUGAAAUAAAAAAUAAAACAAUUGUGUUGCUCGCUUUGCCUAUAGACAGUGUCCGGCUGAAGAGCUGCCCUUCGCAGACAGCUCAGUGGGCCUGGUGACGGCCAUGACUGCCUUCCACUGGUUUGACCAGCAGCGUUUCUUCCAGGAAGCCCGUAGGAUCCUGCAACCUAAAGGCUGUCUCGCUCCACUCAACUAUACCAUGGACAUUGAGAUCCAUUAUGGAGACUGCUACCACACACGCAACACAGUCUGCAAGGAGGUCUGGACGACUCUAGAGAAUGUCGUAGAAAUAUUUGACUCAAAAGUAGUCAACUCAAAAAUAUCUCUCAAGAGACUGGAGCUUGUGAAUCCAGAAAUUAGACUUUAUUAUUGCGUAACAAAGCCGAGCCACUCCAUGGAACGGCUGUCUCUCUUUGGCCUAGAGAUCUCUUAUAUACACACACAAAUGCACAGUCAUGUUUACUUAGCAUACAAAGCUACUCCCCUUAAGAUAAAUGAUUAACAUCUUUUAGUGCCACUCUACCCUUAUCUUUCAACGUCCAGAUGUCACAUGUGGCUUACUCCAAAAGGCCAUGGGCGCUUUUCCAUAUGGCCUCUUCCUCUUAUCUCAUUAUAUUGGUGGCAGACCCUUUCUCAAAAAUAAUACACAUACAGACAUUAAGGCAUGGUUACACACUGUAUUGGCUAUAUUCCUUAUUUAAACAUACAUCUGAAUUAUAGAAUGUCAAUCAUGUUUACUAUAUUUUAUCUUUGACAUUUCCCAACAUUUUCCUUAAUGAUACAUAAAAUAUUACCAUAAGAAUAGAAGAAAGGUAUAUUAUCCAUAAACAGUGGAAAUGUACCAUUCUAUUCACUGUAGAAAACAUGCAAACAAAAUACAAUGCACAUCUUUGAUAAAUUGACGAUGUACAAAUUCAAAAUGCAUGAAUUUGUUGUGUUUUUUCAACAGCAUUUGUCUUUUUUUAUCUCAUCAGUUUUAUGCUGCCCUCCUGCCCUAUCAUAACCUCUGCCUGGGCCCCAGCUCUGUGGUUCUCUACAAUCAGUCCUACGACUCCAUCCCCUACACAGAGAAAGAGUGGUGAGGCCUGAGUACCGUUGCAUCCACUGUUACAUCUGCCCUUGUUGCUACUGUACAAUAAGUGUUGAAUUCAGUGCUAUCCUCGAUUUCCAGGCUUCUGAUGGGGAAUAUAUGAUCUAUUAUGCGCAUUCGCUUACAUUAUUAAAAACUAUGGAGGCCUUGACAGCAGAAAGUUCUCAGCAACCUGCAACCAUAAUUACCACAUUGUCUGACACCUCACCCCCUGAUACUGAGUUUGUGGGAAGACAGGAUUAGGAGGAGUACUUUGUUGUUGCUAGGGCAAGUUCAGGGUCAGGGGAAAACAUCACGCUAUGGGAAGGGAGUGCUAGUAUAAAAAGCAGAGAUUGUUCUCGACAUUUUGCAGAACUUAUGAAGAGCCAUCCAAAUCCUGUUGACUCUGUAUUAACUUCUGCCUGCUUCUAAAGUUUAAAGUUUGUUUAAGAAUAAGAGAAUAUCAGCAAUGAACCCUCUACACUUCCUCCAGUAGCUGAGUGAUUAACAACAAUUAGAAGGAUGGCAUUGCGAGACAAACUCAUUGCUAAUUCUGUGUUGAACAGUUGUGUCUAGGCAGGAGUGUAUAUGGGUGAACAGCCUGGUCUCAUAGACUAGAUGGAACAUAGUAAAAGUAAACACUGGACACUCAAAUUAGUCUGAUAUGUUAUGUUUGGUAUGGUUACACAGGAUAGACGGUUACUUAAGUCAACCCAAAGGUUGCGAGUUUGAAUCUCAUCAUGGACAACUUUAGCAGCUAAUUAGCAACUUUUGAACUACUUACUACUUUUUAGCUACUUUGCAACUACUUAGCCCUUCCCCUAAUCCUAACCUUAACCCUUUUAACUAACCCUUCCCCUAACCUUAAUCAUUUUAGCUAACCCUUCCCCUAACCCAAACCUUAACCCUUUAACCUAACCUUAACCCUAACUCCUAACCCCUAGCCUAGCUAACGUUAACCAGCUAGCUAACGUUAGCAACCUAGCCACCUUGCUAGAAUUCGUAACAUAUCACAGGUUUAGCAAAUUCGUAACAUAUUGUACAUUUUGAAAAUGCGUAACAUUUUGUACAUUUUGCUAAUUCGUAACAUAUAAUACCAAUCAUAAUUCGUAAUAUAAUCAUACAAAAUGGGUGAUGGACAUCAACAAAUUAAUACAUACCAUAUACGAAACGUAACAUAUCAUACUAAAUGGAUUGUCACUAAUUUACGUAGAGAAUAAUAUGAAAUGCUCUGAGACCAGGUUGGGGUGAAGAGGCCCAUGACUCUGUCCAGCUACAUGGGCAUGAUAGAGUCCUUCUCCAGCUACCAGGCUCUACUAAAGAAAGACCCUGAGGCAGCUAGGAGAAUGUCCACAGACAUCACCCACAGGUUGGUCCCUCACACCAUAACCUUCCUAGGCCUUGUUGAUGCUGGUCCUGCUGUUAAUAUUAUUAUUAUAAUAUACAAGUUAAAACUUGUAUACUUAGUAAGUGUGUAAAAAUGUAAACGUAACAUUUAACAUUACGUCUAACAUCUCUCUCUGUCCUCUCCAGACUGUUGGCUGUGAUGGAGGUGACCUCGCCAGAGACUGAGGUUGUGGUCAGGGACGGAGUCAGGUAUUUCUACCUUCUAGCCAGAGGACUAGCUACAGAUGACAGACUAUGA